CCCUGGAGUCUGAUGGAUUGAUCUCCUUUUUGGAGCUUCAAGGUUCUGGUCACAUUCACUUGCCUUGUAUGGAUCUGCAGAGCUGAAAUAUUCUCCUAAAUUUUUGUUCUGCAGAAGAAAGAAAGUCAAACACAUUUGGGAUGGCAUGAGGGUGAGUAAAUGAUGAUUGGGUGAACUUUCCCUUUUUGUUGCACUUAUAGUUUGUUCCACUAGAUGGAGAUGUGCAAGAAGUUUUACGGCACACAAGCGCUGUCUCACAGCACUACAUUACAAACACACAUUACAUGAUUAAUACACACUUAAAUACACAUUCAUGUGAAGUGUUUCAAACUGUUCAUAAUUAUUCAUAUAGAAGUAAAAAGCAUCAGUCAGAUCAUAUUAUUGUGUCUUUUUUUUACUUUUUCUUUUGUAAUAUAACUGACCCACAGAGCCUAAAAAUGUCAUUGGUACAUGUGUUGAUACAAAAGUAACCGGAGAUAUGAUGUAUGAGAGACGUAUGAGAGACGUAUGAGCAUCUGAGAUCAUGUAUGCUCAUCUGUGUGGUCGUGUCCAGGUGAUGAACCUCCCCAAAUCUUUCAUCCUUCAGUGUGAAUCUCAUUACAGUCACACAAACCUCCCGAGCAUCAUCAGCACAUCACAGACCGGUCAAUAUGAGCUCAUCUAUGAGUUAUCGCUGCGCAUGGAUGUUGUGUUUUGCGGUGUGUGUGUUUGGAUGGCAUGAUCUAGAUAACAGUGAAUAUGACUGCUGGCCGCUCGACAAACCAGAUGAACUCAACAUGAUCGACUGCGGAGGUCUAGAGAUGGCGUGGGUUCUGCGUCCUCCAGACAAGGUUCUGAGUGGUGAAGAAUUCACUGUUAUUUACUCUGUGACGGUCAGAGAGGAGUUUUACCUGUGGGCCAUCAACAAUGAUAUCUUCAAGCACAGGUCCAUCACAGAUCCAGAAGAAGCUAGAAGAUUCUGUGAGCAUCAUGAAUGUCCCUCAAACUGGAAAGAUGCAAACGGAGAAAACUGCUGCAUCCAUCAUGCCAACAUCCACUCCUGCCCCAUGGGAUUCAUGCAACAGGCAGAGGAGAGAAUUUGUGGCCCGUGGAUUCCAGAUGAUGGCAGAAUAUUUACUCACACCAUUUCAACUUCGGGAAAAAUGUCCCAGACAAACUGGACUGCAAAGGUGGUGUUGUUUCAUGAGGGGUUGACAUCUCUGAUCGCUCACAUCCGUGUGGGAAACAUGCAGGUCGCACUGGAGGCAAAGAGUACCGUCCUGCCCGCUAUCAUGUGCGGUGACAGUUUGUGUGAGGAAGAGGAGAGUUGUUCUACAUGUCCUGCAGACUGUGGGGACUGUCCAAUGAGUUCAGCUGUACAAGCUGCAAUCGCCCUCACUGUUACCAUCAUCAUCAUCAGCUUCAUCAUCAGUGCUAUGUGGUUUAAAUAUCAGAAACAGAAACUCUUCUGGGAUGAAAGUUGGAUCAUUGACUACAGCCACAUUAAACAAGAUCAUGUUGCCCGGGCGACGAUGGGCAGCAUCAUGAGCAUCCCGUUGGCGAACAGUGACUCUAAUGCGAGCUGUGUGACGGCGCUGAGCUCUUACUCGGGCUUCACCACAUCACGCAAACAACUCUACACACUGACGGGCAUCUAUGAUGGACGAACUGUUGCCAUCAGGAGAAUAAAGACCAAAACAUUUUCACUCUCAAAGACGAUUCGGCAAGAGGUGAAGCAAGUCAGGGAACUGGACCAUCCAAACCUCUGUAAGUUCUUUGGAGGUUGUGUGGAGGUUCCAAACAUCGCCAUAGUAACGGAGUAUUGUCCUAAAGGAAGCCUGAAUGAUGUUCUACUGAACGACGAGAUUCCAUUAAACUGGGGCUUCAGGUUUUCCUUUGCAACAGAUAUUGCUCGUGGGAUGUCUUACCUCCAUCAGUUGAAAAUCUGCCACGGACGACUGAAGUCUACAAACUGUGUUAUAGACGACCGCUGGGUGUGUAAAAUCACAGAUUACUGUCUGUGGGUUUACCGUCGGGAGGACUGUGCCGAACCUCUCACCACAUAUCAGCAGAGACUGAAGGAGGUGUACACGCCACCUGAAGCCCAGAACGGCAACCAGGAGCCCACGCUAGCCGGAGAUGUGUUCAGUUAUUCAAUCAUCUUAUUGGAGAUAGCGACCAGAAAUGACCCAGUUCCGGUGGAAGACAGUUCUCUUGAGUGUGCGUGGUGUCCUCCGCUGCCCGAGCUGAUUUCAGGAAAAGCCGACAGCACCUGCCCGUGUCCUGCUGAAUACGCUGAGCUGAUUCGUCGAUGUCGCGCUCAUAACCCCGCCCACCGGCCCAUCUUUGAGCAGAUCCGCAAGUUUGUCUACAAAAUCAACCCGCAUAAAGUCAGUCCAGUGGAUAUGAUGAUGGAACUGAUGGAGAAGUACAGUAAACAUCUGGAGGUUCUGGUUGGGGAACGGACGCAAGAUCUGAUGCUGGAGAAACAGAAGACAGACAGACUGCUUUACAGUAUGUUGCCCAAACAGGUGGCUGAUGACCUCAGACAGGGCAAACAAUUACAAGCACAGAGUUACGUCAGUGCCACUGUAUUCUUCAGUGAUAUCGUGGGUUUCACUCAGUUAUCCAGCACCAGUACGCCGUACCAGGUUGUUGACUUCCUCAAUAAACUGUACACCACCUUUGACGAGAUCAUCGACAACUAUGAUGUUUAUAAAGUGGAAACGAUCGGGGAUGCAUAUAUGGUGGUGUCUGGUGUGCCCAAAGAGAACGGGAUUCUUCACGCGUCUGAGAUCGCCAGCAUGGCUCUGGAUCUGGUGUCUGUCUGCAAGACCUUCAGAAUCCCUCACAGACCACAAACACAACUGCAGAUCCGCGCUGGAAUACAUUCAGGUCCAGUUGUAGCAGGUGUGGUGGGAACUAAGAUGCCGCGAUACUGUCUGUUUGGAGAUACAGUCAACACUGCGUCACGCAUGGAGUCAAACAGUGAAGCAUUGAAGAUCCAGUGCAGCUCAAGUGCUUUCUACCUGCUGGAGGAGAUCGGCGGGUACGUGCUCACCUGCAGAGGUGUGUUGCAGGUUAAGGGUAAAGGUGACAUGGUGACUUACUGGCUGGAAGGGAAACAUUCUUCGGCUCCCAAUAAAGAGGCAAAGAAACCAGUGACGCUCCAGGAGUCUGAGAGACCUGUAACGGUCCAGGAGUUUGAGACAGAGGAGUACGCCAGUAUCCCAGGAGUCCUCAGUACUUCUAAUGACACUGACCUCCUGUGUGACCCCAACUAACAGCGAAACACUAGCGCACUGCAUGCCGAUAGCGCUGUAGCAAUAGGAAAUCUCGCCUUGUAGAGUUACGUGUUUGUGAUUCUCUGAUUGGUGCAUUUCUCUUAAGGAUUAUGGGUAGUGUAGUUCUUUAUCAGAAAGUUCGCUAUUUAACACAAUUGAAGUUUAAAUAACGUGGGCGACUUCAACAGCAGCUUUAACAUCCUCGGAGCUCACGGUAGAUCUGUCUUUAAAGCUUUAUAAGUUAUUGUUAAUAUUAAUUAGCCUACAGCGAUAAAAGAAUGGCAGUUUUACUUCUGAAACUGGACUGUUGCGUUCGAUUGAGACCCCACAUAACUUUGGAGACGUGUUGAUGUGUCCUAUGUAUCAGACCUUUGUGAUCACAUGGCUUCUGUAAUCACUGAGGGUAUCAUCUGUGAAGUUCUCGUCUUUACUGGUUGUAGAGAAUAUUAGAGAAUACUUGUGACGAGGAGGAGGGCGGGGCCGGGCCGUGACUAAGCGCGCUAAUCAGCCGAGGGGAGAUAUAAGUGCAGCGGGAUGUGGCAGUUCUAGAGAGAGAGAGCCAUACGCAGCUGCCGUGUGUGUUUAUGUUUGUGUCUUUUUGUUUAAUUAAAUAUUAUUUUGACUGUUCAGCUGGUUCCCGCCUCCUCCUUUCCAUUGAACCCUGUUAAACUGGUGCCGAAGCCCGGGAAGGUGGAGGGAUGCGCUGUCGUCGAGUCCUUGCCACUACCAUCCACCCCAAAGGAGCAGCCGCGGCCAUCCACCGGGGGACGGAGGACUUGCUACUGGCCUACCCGGCGGAUGGUAUAAGAUAUCUAAUAUGUUACAGCUGCGGCUGCUCCUUUGGGGUGGAUGUUAAUGGUGAGGACUCUACG